CGGGAGGUAGCGUGUGCAGAGUCAGUUCGUGAUUCGACACAGCACAAGAUGAAUCGUUGGAGCGGAAAAGUAGCGAUAAUAACCGGCGCGAGUGGCGGUAUCGGUGCCGCGGUAGCGAAAUCUUUGGCCAGCCAAGGAAUAACAGUGGUCGGCCUGGCGAGACGAUUGCCAAAGCUUCAGGAGCUUACCGCGGAAAUCGGCAAGAACAAGUUUUACCCGAUCGAAUGCGAUAUCACGAAGGAAGGAGACAUCCUGAAGGCGUUCAAAUGGGUGGAAAAGGAGCUCGGUGGCGUUAGCAUUUUGAUUAACAACGCUGGAAUCAACACUCUCAAUCCUGUCAUUGAAUCAAAUACCGAAGAAUACCGUAAAGUUAUAGAUACCAACCUGAUAGCUCCGACAAUUUUUGCACGAGAAGCCAUACUCUCCAUGAAGAAACAUAACGCAGCCGGUCACAUAGUCAACAUUAACAGCAUAGCUGGACAAUUCGCUGAAAGUAUAUUCAUACCACUCGGCAUGUAUUGUCCAAGUAAAUACGGCCUCAGAGCUCUGGGUACGGAACUUCGACAUGAAAUAAUUACGGCUCAAUUGAACAUCAAAGUCACGAACAUCAGUCCUGGUGCUGUAGACACCGACAUGAUAAGAAAUGCAUUGCCAAAUAUAGACACCAACUCUGUCCCAAUGUUACGAGACAUAGACGUCGCCAACACAGUCGUUUACACCUUGGGUACACCUGAAGGUGUGGAGAUUACCGAAAUUACGAUAAUGCCACAGAAUCAAGCAAUGGGUAUACCAAAAACAUUCUCCCGCUAAUCACAGAGGAAUGGACGAGACUUUGACUAAUUAGAAGAACACAAAGAGGUUUAUGACGACAGGAGAAAGUUAAUACACAUACUCGAAGAAAAUUGUGGAAAUAAAGAGACACGUUAAUCUGCGUUUCCCUCACAACAUUCUCUAAUUGAUUUUUAUCUUUUAGUGUAUUAAUUUACAUUAUUCAAUUGAUUAUCUUAGAUAAUAAGAUACAGAAAUUGCUGUGAACAAAAGAAUAAAUAGAAAUGCAGUUUAUUUGUCUGUUCCCACAGAUAUGCUUAUAAUG